AUGACCGAAAAGAAAUGGGUUGAGGUGGUAGUUGUUUUCGCUCUUGGAAGAGGAGAAACGUCCGCCAAAAAACAUCUUCGUCAACUGCACGGGAUGGCCUGCAGGAAGCCUCGUUCGAGGGGGUCUUCUCGCCCGAGAGAGUCUCGCCCCAGAGAGCCCGGCCUAAGACGGGAGCAUCCAGGAGACCCUGUUCCAGCAGAGUCUCGUCCGAAAGGGCCUCGACCAUGGGAUCCUGCGUGGGUGGGCCAGGCGAUGCGAAAGAGAGGCAUGACUGCGAUACACAAGAAUUACAAGUUUGGCAAAGAAUGCAACACUACGGCUAUCUUGUUCUUUUACAACAAGAUCCACGACUUCUGGGACGGCUCAGUCUACAACCCAGAGGGUGAACCGCUGCCAGAGGCGAACGCAAUCAUACGAGAUAUACUGAAAAGACAAGUCGUGUCCGAGUCCGAUGGCGAGCUCGUCCGACACACGGCGAAAGAAAGGAAGCAGAUGGCCAAGCCAAAGCCCUACAAAGUGCAAAAGCAGACAACGGAGCGCAACCUGCGGCGCAGAAAGCCACCUGCGGAUGCCCAGCGAGCAUCACACGCCUCCCCAGCCCUCACGCAGAUCACAGUUGCGGGAAGCGAGUCAGUACUUGGGGAUCGAGGUGCGAGCAUAUGGAGCCUGCCGGGUACCCCUGCGUCACCGAUCGUUGGACCGCUGGACAACUGCGAUGACAAUGAACACGAAGAGCCCGAGGACGACUGCGUCGACGAAGAGAUUGCCCCGACUGUUCUUGCCGUUUCCGCAGCGGAUCACGGCCAGGAUGUGUUCCGUCGCCAACAGGAACCACGCACAUCUCCACCUGCGAUUGAACACGGUGCCGGGCGUGAGCCCUAUGAGGCGGCAGACGGCGGCGCAGCUUUCACGCAUGAUGGAGCAGGCGAAUCAAUCCACUUCGAAGAGCCCCAGGAGCAGCCAGCGCCCUACGAAUUCAGCGCGAUGAUGGCCGGCGACGACGCUUGGAUGAACAUGGACAUGUCCAUGGCAGGCUUUCAGGGCACGGCAGACUUUGGCGUGGACGGCCUCAAUGAUCUGAAUUUGGACAUCGACAUGGCCAUGAACAUGCACAGCAAUGCUGGCGAGCUGCAAGAGCCCCCGGGCAGCCAUAGUCCGAAGGCGAUCACCGCGACCUUGUCUACGACCAGCGCCGUUGCGUCAGCUGCAUCUCCUCCUGAAGCAGCUGGCGGAAACCGGCAGACCAGCAGCGCGACCACAACCGACGAGUCAGCGCCACAGGUAGCUCCCGAACCGGACCGGCCGGCUACGGCCAGCCCCAGCGACGAGACGACCAGAGCAUCGCAACCAGCGCCAAUUGACUCUGCACAACCACCAAACCCACCCGUCACCACGACUCAAGCUCCAUACCGCUGUACGCCGGAAGAGGCACUGAUGGCCAUGCAACAAGCUCUAGUCGGCCUGAUCGCUGAAAGAGGCUGGAACUUGGGCCCCUACCAAGAUUUUGGCGGGAUAAGAGAAUCCCAUGCACCAGUAAACAUGUCGAUCCCCGUUCUGGCUUAA